UGUAUACUACACAUAAGACAGGACAAUUCUGGAAGACUUCUGCUGUGUGGACGGUACAUGCACUGAGAAUGGCUGACUUCAUGAUUGCUAUUUAUGUUGCCGUUGCCAUUGCUGCUGUCGGUACAACAAUAUGGAUUUGCAACAAGUGCAGAUGCCUGUACUGCUCCAAUCGUACCAUUAUCUGCUGUUUGUGCCCUCCAGAACAAGUGACUGUUCCGCAGGUCUAUGCUGAGAUAGAAACAGAAAUGCCGGCAUCUGUCAGGACAGCGCCUGGGAAUGAGGACGCAACAUUUCUAACUGCAACAGAAACAAAAAAUGUUGACCCUUCAGCACCAGCAGAGGAGGAUAAGCCGCCUACCUACUCGGAGGUUUCACAAGGCAAUCAAUCCGUCGGCAUUGAUCCACCAUCGCCAACUGAUGCUUCCAAUUCACAGCAGACAGCAGAUCAACCAGCCAUCAGUGCCUAGGGUAGUCAUCCGCAAUACAAAUGCAAGCUCAGUACAUGUACUUAUUCCGGCUACAUACUUCAACCUUCUGCAUAGAUUGAAUUCUACAGCUGGGCAAUUCCACGGUUACUCACGUUACAUUUUCGUAACGUGAGUAACCGAUAUUGUGCGUCUUGUUCAUCAUACAUAACACAUUUUUCUGGAUGUCAUCUUUGGUGCUUAGAUAGGUCUAGGUCUACUCUAUCUACCAUGGGGAUAACAGUUAUUAAACCUUUUCAGUAAGGAAGGAAACUCAAAAGUACAUCAACAAUGUAACUUGAGUAACCAUGGAAUUGCUCAGAUGGAUAUUAAUGCAUAUCUUUUUGCAGAAAAUGUAGGAAGCUUACGCGGUGAAUUAUUGUUGGGCUGCAAAAUUAUUGUAAAUUUGUAAAGCAACUAUUCCAAAACUUAAUGUGGGGCCUUUUUUUCAAGGCAGCAUCGCUUGCAAAGGUGAAUAACUUUUAUAGCUCUAGAAAAAUAGGAAUUUCAAAAGUUCGUCUGUGUGAAAUUCUAGAAAACCUUGCACAGAUAGAACAUUUUGAUUCUUAAAAAAAACCUGUCAUUUUGAAUAUUAUGGAUUUAUUGUUAAUCAAUUUUUAUAGAUUUUUAUAGAUUUAUAUAAAAAAAUUCAUGUAUUUGUGUAGCGAGAGGUAUUAGAAUAGGCUUCGGGCCACAGGGAAACUUUUUUAAGCCCAGGCAUAUGCCCCUGGCUUUUGUUAAGUUUUAAAAUUUUGUGAAUGUUUCUUGUUGAGUGGUCGGGCACAACCCGACCACUCUUUGGAUUUGUUACGAUCAAUCUUUCUUUCUACCUGUCUUUCUUUUCUUUUUUUCCGUACCGCAUGUUUCUGCGGGUUUUCUCCUAAACGGUUUAUGAUAAGAACUUGUAACUUUCAAUAUAUAUCAACCCUCAUCCUAAGUGGUGCAUAUUACUCUGAUCGGGCACUAUACUCAACCAUUUUUGACUGGUAACAGCGCCCUCUGACAAAACUCAAACUCAAAAAUUUAAUCUCGGGAAACUAAAAGCGUUCCUUUAAUUGUUGAAUUGCGUAUAGUUGAAUUGCUUAUGAGUUAAUUGUGGAAUUAAAAGUUCAAUAAUAAAACCCUGAAACUUUGAAA